UGCUCGCUCCUUCCGCCCGGGAGGCUGCUCUUCUGGGUCAGGGUUGAAUAAUAUGGCGGCUAGCAGAGGCCGCUGAUUCCGCCAUGUCCGCCCUCAGCCGCUAUGACCGGCACUGCGACUCCAUCAACUCGGACUUCGGGGACUCGGUGCGGAGCUGCGGGGCGGAGCAGGAGGAGCUGCACUACAUCCCCAUCCGGGUGCUGGGCCACGGGGCCUACGGCGAGGCGACCCUGUACCGGAGGACCGAGGACGACUCUCUGGUGGUCUGGAAGGAGGUGGGUUUGGCGCGGUUGUCGGAGAAGGAGCGCCGAGAUGCCCUGAAUGAGAUCGUCAUCCUGUCACUCCUGCAGCAUGAUAACAUUAUUGCAUAUUACAACCACUUUCUGGACAGUAACACGCUGCUGAUCGAGCUGGAGUACUGCAACGGGGGGAACCUAUUUGACAAGAUUGUCCGGCAAAAGGAGCAGCUCUUCCUGGAGGAGAUGGUUGUCUGGUAUCUGUUCCAAAUUGUCUCUGCAGUCAGCUGCAUCCACCGAGCUGGGAUCCUGCAUCGAGACAUUAAGACGUUAAACAUCUUCCUCACUAAAGCCAAUCUGAUUAAGCUGGGGGAUUACGGGCUGGCCAAGCAGCUGAACUCUGAGUUUUCGAUGGCGGAGACGUGUGUCGGCACCCUCUAUUACAUGUCUCCAGAGCUGUGCCAGGGAGUGAAGUACAGCUUCAAGUCUGACAUCUGGGCGGUGGGCUGCGUGCUAUACGAGCUGCUAACACUGACCCGCACCUUUGAUGCCACAAACCCGCUCAACCUGUGUGUGAAGAUCGUGCAGGGAAACUGGGCCGUGGAGCUGGAUAACAGCGUGUACUCCCCGGAGCUGACAGAUGUAGUGCGGCUGUGUCUGCAGCAGGACCCAGAGAAGAGACCCAGUGCAGAAGAGAUCUUGGAGCAGCCAUUGCUGAGUCUUCGGCGCAGGGAUAUGGAGGAACAGGUGUCUCUCCUCAACAAGUCCAACAAGAGACCCAGGCCGGGCGCUGUCACUGAGGCCCCUGUUGCAGUGGUUACGUCUCGGAGCAGUGAAGUUUAUGUGUGGGGAGGUGGAAAAUCCACUCCGCAGAAGUUAGAUGUGUUUAAGGGAGGGUGCCGUGCACGACAGGUGUGUGCCGGAGACGCUCAUUUUGCAGUGGUGACGGUGGAGAAAGAGCUGUACUCUUGGGUGAACAUGCAGGGAGGCUCAAAGCUGCAUGGUCAACUGGGCCACGGGGACCGUGCCUCAUACCGGCAACCAAAACACGUGGAGAAGCUGCAGGGCAAAUCUGUGCAAGAAGUCAGCUGUGGUGGAGAUUUCACCAUGUGUAUUGCCGAUGAGGGUCAGCUCUACUCCUUUGGCUCGGAUUACUAUGGCUGCCUGGGAGUGGGUCAAAGCCUGGGCUCUGAGGUCCUAGAGCCCAUUCUGGUGGAUUUCUUCCUGAAUGAACCCAUUGAACAGGUGUCAUGUGGUGAUAGUCACGUCAUGGUUCUGACUCACAGCAAGUGCGUGUACUCGUGGGGCUGCGGCGAGUACGGACGCUUGGGCCUGGACUCGGAGGACGAUGUCUCUGCUCCCCAGAAGGUGGAGGUGCAGCGCGGCCUGUGCAUCGUCAGUGUUAGCUGUGGCUCAGACGGCAGUUUCCUGCUCACCCAGUCUGGGAAAGUUCUUGCCUGUGGCCUAAAUGAACACAACAAGCUUGGCUUAAAUCAGUGCACCGCGGGCAUCAUCAAUCACGAGGCUUAUCGUGAAGUACCCUACACCACUUCACUGACUCUCGCCAGGCAACUCUCCUUCUACAAAGUGCGAAGCAUCUCGCCUGGAAAGACCCAUACAGCCGCCAUUGAUGAGCGUGGCCGUCUUCUGACAUUUGGAUCUAACAAGUGUGGCCAGCUGGGUGUGGGCGACUAUCGGAAGCAUCUGGGCAUCAACCUCCUGGGUGGACCUCUUGGUGGAAAGCAGGUGAUUAGAGUGUCCUGUGGGGACGAGUUCACCAUUGCAGCCACUGAUGAUAAUCAUAUCUUUGCUUGGGGAAAUGGUGGAAAUGGCCGUCUGGCUAUGACCCCAAAUGAGCGGCCUCAAGGCCCUGACAUCUGUACCUCCUGGCCACGUCCAAUAUUUGGCUCCUUGCAUCAUGUGACUGAUCUUUCGUGCCGUGGCUGGCACACGAUCCUGAUUGUGGAGAAAGUCCUGAACUCCAAAACAAUUCGCUCUAACAGCAGUGGUCUGUCCAUUGGAACACUCGCACAGAGCUGCUCGUCGCAGAGCUCUGCGGGGGGCGAUGGAGACAGUGCCAGUGAGUCAGUGUCGUCGGAGCCCAGUGAUGGCUUUCCUAGGACUAUGGAGGCAGAACCAGAGACCAGCCCCUUUAAUACCACUGGAAACAUGGAGAGCAGCGCCUGCCCCAGCUGGCUGCGACAGGAGCUGGAAGAGGCAGAGUUCAUCCCGAUGCCCGAUACACCUUCCUUUCAGGAGAUGGAGUUCUCGCAGGACAUGCCUCCACCAUUAGAAGAGCUGCACCAGACCCCCGCAGAAGCUCCGGCACUGGUCCAGCAGGAGCCACAGUCCUGUGUGUGCAGCGCUCUGCAGGAAGAGGUGAAGAGACUGCAGGGACUGGUGAUCACCUGUAUGAGUGAGCAGGAGAGUCUGCGCAGAGACAAUGCCCGGCUGACCGUGCUGGUCCAGGAGCUUGAGGACAAGCUGCAGGCAGUGAUGCAGCAGGGUCUGGCGGUUAGUAAACAAGGGGAGACCAUCCAGGUGCUGCAGAGACAGGUGGCGCUCUGUAUGAAGGGGGCAUCCUCUGCUGGUGGCAGCACAGAAGCCUCCAGAGAAGACUGUGACGAGGGCUCGUGGUGCUUCCUGGGCGCAGACCCCUGCCGCUCUGCUUCUGGGACCUCCAUGUGAUGGCGUCGCGUUCCUGUCAUGAAGAGAGAGACUUGUCAGUGCCUUAUCUGAGCGCAGCGCCCCCUCGGGGCCCGGAGACCAGGGGUGGACGGCUGGGCGCAUUUCAUUGCCAAACAGGACAGUUUGUUUCUGCACGGCUGCCUUUCAUUUUGCCAAAGAUGUCCCGGCUGAAAGUGGCGGUGGACAGCGCGAGGGGCCCGGCCCCCGGCAGUGUUCGGUCCCUUCCAGCCCCUCUCACACCCAAUGUGAAAUAAAGCACUGUGUGAAGCC